AUGUUCAAAAACUAUUCAGAUCCAAUUUCAAAAGGCGAGGAAAAGCACAAGACCGAAGUAGAACUGUGUGAAAUGGCGGAUCAUGUUGUUGGUGUUGGUCCCAAGUUGAGCGAGGCCUUUCGCUCCUAUCUUCGCAGCUGCCAAAAAGAUGACAAUGUUGUUGACUUCACUCCGGGAGUAUUUGUAGAGUUUGCGGCUGUGAAGCAGGCUCUGAGCGAAAGGCAGCAACGCAGUGUCUUGGUGUUUGGUCGUGGAGACGUAGAGGAUUUCGAAUUGAAAGGAUUUGACAUCGCUGGGAAAGCAGUUGCUGAGUUAGAAGAUACUCGUCUUGUCUUUGUUGGGGCUCCAGAUGGAAAACACGAAGAAAUAGCAAAACGGUUGACCGAAUUUGGCGUCCCACCAAGUCGCUUGAGAGUAAGAGGAUUUGUUCAAGAUCGAGAGAGCUUAAGGCGCUUGUUUCAAGAAGUGGAUCUUGUUGUGAUGCCUUCAAGGACAGAGGGCUUUGGAUUGACAGGACUCGAGGCCUUGUCAGCUGGUCUCCCUUUGCUUGUCAGCCGCAAUUCCGGUUUUGGAGAAGCUUUAUGUAGUGUACCUUUUGGAUCAACAUAUGUAGUGAACUCAGAGGAACCAGCAGAUUGGACCUCUGCUAUCAAAGCAAUCUGGGUUAAGGACAGGAGAAGUCGGCUUGAGGAAGCGGAAACUCUGCGCGAAUCCUAUGGCAAGAAAUACAACUGGGCCAAACAGAUAAAAGAUCUCACUGACAAGAUGAUCAGUUGGGUUAACGGUAAGAUUAUCAAUUUUCUUUUUUAUGAAAAAAAAUUCUUAAUGCAUUGCAGAAGGAAUACAGGAAGUGGACUCUAAGAAGAAAUGAAAAUAAACAAACAAAGCAAAAUUUGAGUAAUAUCCCCUGCCUUUUUUCUCCCGGCUGAGAUCGUGAAAAAAGUCCAUUACAAAGUUUUAUGUUACAUUUUGGCAAACGCAGUAAAGUAAUAUUGACCCAAUCCAUCUAUCAUAUGCUUUACCCCCGGUUCACUGCCUUAUGUGAUUAUUCCAUGCAUCCGCAUUUACCAAAACAGCCUGUUGUUAUCUAUUCUUUUUUACCAACAGAUGAUUCUUUAAAUUACCAGAGCUCUUCAGAAAUAAAACGCAGAAAUUUCCAAUCCACCCAUAAAUCUUCUCAGCAAACGGAGGGGACAACUGUAGACCCUGAAGGUAUCCCCGAUGACUUAAAAAUAAUCAGCGUAAUACUAGUCUUGAAUGGUGUUGCUGGUCAAAAGUGUUUUUUGUCUUCAUUAAAAUUGUUAACAUUAUUUAAAUGCGGCGUUUUUUCUAAGUCCGUGGCUUACGCAUGCGUGGAUGAAAGAUAACUAAGUUCACUUGCAAGUACAUACCGCUCAGGCAGAACGGUUGGCUUUGGUCUGUCUCGAACAGGUCUAGGAUUUCCCUCUUUCUCCGUACAUUAAGUUCAAGAACAUCAAAACUUCUAGAAUUCUCGAAUCCGCCCCCUCCCCCCUAAAAAGAAAAGGUGGGUGGAGAGGGUGGUAGGGAGGGAGAGAGAGAAGAAAAAAAGAAUUUGCUGCAUGUGAGAACACGUGCUAUUUGCGUAUUUUAACUGUACGAAUUAUUGGAUCACAUUAAGCUUAAAAAGCUACCAAAAGUGUAUUGCUAAGUGUCCUUCGGGAGCACCCAGCGACGGUUACCUCCUAGAAACAUUCCAAAUACUUUUGAGGCCAUCCUGAGCCUUUGUAGAUAUUUAGAAGUGUAUUCUAAGCAGGGCUAUAAAAUUUGUGCCUGCCCGGUAAUCCUAGGGGAACUUGAGCCCAUUCGAAAUUAAAAGGGCUUUAGUAUUAUUUUCCAGAAAAUUUUAGAUGCAAUUAAACGUAUUACGAAAGUGAGAAUUUUUCUGAUUGCUCUCUCCAUCACAUUUUUUAAUCCGGGAGUGAAAUGAGAAAAAUUAAACUUCAGAAAAUCGUAGAGAAGUUAUCAAAAAAGGUACAUAAAUAGAACGGUAAUCUAGAAAGUUUUAGCCGUCCUCAAGUAAUUGAAAAUAUUGGGUAAUAUUUACCUCUCCGAAAAGAUAUUUUACAGAAAACAGUCGUUGGGUGCCCCUGGUUUGCCAAAAUAUUUGUUUGGAGAAGGAAAUGUUUCCUACAAAUUUUAGGAUCGUAUUCAUGUUUACCCCAUACAAACACUGUAAUUUUACUGAAACCGUACUGUGGUACUAUUACAAAGCCUGGGUUACCUGUCAAGUCCCUCACCGUAUUAGACGCUUCCGUACCCACUACUUUUAAGCGGCUGCUACGCUGGUUAGCUAAAGUUAAGUAAUUGACUAUUGUACAGUGUUUUGGAAUAGUAGUGUUUUAUUUUUGAGUACUGUUUAUAUUAACUGAUCAGUGAAAGGAAUUAGGACUGUAUGUAAUGGGGAUUCUUGUUGUUGGUUGUAGGCUCCUCUUCAGUUUCAAAGUCUACUCGAGGAAAAACCAAUUAUUCUCGUCUAUGUCGUCUGCUGAUCAGCGUAGGCUCGCGAGUGCUAAGAGAUACAUUCGAUAGCAUUAUUCCACCGGAGAAUCUUCGAGAAUUGUUGAAACGUGACCCGGCGCACUCCAGACUACAGUUACUGCGAAAGAAAGGAGUCCUAACUUCAGUACAUUGGAGUAGGUUGUACCCUGCCACACCCACUGAAGUGUCAUCUGCAAGUUUUGAUAUCCCCCUCUUGAUUGUGCUUCUAAGGACAAUCUGUAAUCUACGUCCUCCACCCGCUGGCUGAGAUACACCUCCUCUUACAGCAGACACCAGUCGCGAGUCUGACAUUGCGCGCAUUAAGUACUUCAUGAACGCCGUAUCCAAACAUGCCACUGAAGGCUCUUUCAGUGAUGCUGUAUUCAAUAGCUACUGGCAGCAGAUCCGUGACACACUGGUACGAUUGGGUGGAGCUGAUUAUGAAGAUCUCAUUGAUGAAAUGAAAGACCAGGACAUUGAAUUCCUCGAUGAGGAACAUUUCAGAGAACUUCUCAAGCAGUGGAAGAAGGUAGAAGACGAUAUCAGAGACAAGCUGAAUGAAGUGGAAAGUGAAGAAGCGUCUAAAGAGAAAGGUAUGCUAUACAGUAGGCCGUGUUAGGAGAUACAACCCAGCCAAUUUGUAGGUUUUAAACUCUUUAACACUGCGAACUUAGGGUGGUUUGAUUAACGGGGAAUAUACUAUAUGUAUCUAUGGAAAAGUCGCCGGAUCCUGCAAUUGCUUCCAUAAAAGACCUUAUUCAUAAUUUGACGUUCCAGCACCUAUAAAAUGUUAGUUUCAUGUGUCAGUAACUUCAAAAACAUCUAUCCAGGAAAUACUCUCAUGACCUUCCAUCUCUUGGAAUUGUUUAAACUGUUUCCCAUCAACUAGGUCACGGACAAGCAGGGCAGAACAGUGUAGGAUGAGUUGAUCUUGAAAAAUUUGGAAUUUCAAGCUUCGUUAAGGUCAUACCAAUUACUAACAUAAAGAUUCUUUCGGCUAAUUUUACCGCUAUUUCCUUUGAGAUUUCAAGUGAUCUUGUGGUAAUUAAGCCACUAAGUGUAUUUAAGUGUAUCACGUUAUUAAACGUUGUGUAAUAAUUUGUGGGGCCUCCGUUGUGCCAUAUUUCUUGGUCUCCUGUUUUAAUUCUUGACAUGUUCAUGCAGAUUCCGGAAGGGCGAGUAGUGCCAGUAGUCCCAUUAGACCUGAUGUUGCUGGGCCUUCGGAUUUAACCAAGCAGGCUGAUCAUAGCCAAGGUAUACAACUAAUAACCCUAUUAAUGUGGCGACUACCCACUCCCAGUGUUAACAAGGUGAUGGCGUCGAAUCAAAAAAUAUAAUUACAGUCACGUGUCCGUCUUAUUAGAGAGAUGUCUGUUUACAGUGAGUCGCCUGAAAAGGAGUCAAGAAAGGCAGGGACGAACUCUUGCUAUCCGUUUUAGCCAGGUGCCUCUGUGUUAUGGAAGUGUCCGUUUAAAAGAGAGAGUUGACUAUCGCAGGAGCGUUUUUUUAUACUUGAGUGCAAAGAAUGUGGUUAUAAAUGUAGUCGUGCAUUGUAUGGUCUUACGGCGGAAUUCCACUGCAAGCUGUAAUUCAGUCUUUGGUUCAUUACAACAAACUGUUAUCUAAAUUGCUCCAGUUCUGUCGAAAUCACCCAUGGCUGUUUCUUUUCUUCUCUUCCUACAGUUGUCAUCCGACCGAUUUAUCUGUUGUGACAUCCGUUUAGUUUCUAUAGUCGCAAAACUUGCACAUGAUCUGAAAACUUUAUGUCAAUGAUUGUUGUGGAAGCUGCGACAACCAUUGUUGCCCUCUUAGUUGGUUUUUUUCAGAAGCGAAGGUCUUCCAGAGUGUCUCUUUUUUAUUUUAUUUUACUGGAAUAUAUGUAAGGACUGAAUGGGUAACAGUUUCGAAUUUCAACAUAGUUUGUUUUCAAAUUUAUGUCAUUUCUAGCAUCGGGUGCAUUACGAGCUCACAAUGGCCUGCUCUCCUGUUGGCUUGAUUAGCUUAAUUAAUGGAUAGAACGUUGCGUCUGGGUCAAUCGCAAAGGUCAGGGCUCGAUUCCCGGUUAAGCCUGAAUUUUUUUAGGUUCUUCAGUCGCUUAAGUUGUUUAUUUAACUGCAAAGAUCAUUUUCACUUGCAUAUUGUUUUCAGAGUUGUUUCAAAAAACGUUAAAUACUAAUCGGAAGAAGGGGUAUAACCAUCUGACAUACCCUUCAUACUACAUUAGUUCCAUUCUUAUUGUCAUCCAUUGCAUUUAAGCAGAUAACGCAAACGCCCAGAGCUCCUCAGAAGCAGAGACCUGACUGAGCACCAUUGGGGUAUUCAGCUUUAGAGACUUAAAUGAAUUAUAAUAAAUGUAUUUGUAAAUUUACAGGAAAAGAUUGUUUUUUUUUUUAAAUUUAUUUAUUUAUUUAUUUAUUUAUUUUUUUAUCUCUUGAGGGCAUAAUUAAAGGUACGGAAAAAUGGGCAACAAAAAACGUGCAACUUGUCUUACAACAUUGCUGCAAAAUGAGUUGAAAACCGAUGUUGGGCUUUUUACCACUCAAGUUCAAACCUGUUAACAACCGGAUUUGUUGCAAGACAGGUUUGAUGUGUUCUGGUAACAUCGCAACAUCGCGAUUCAACUUGUUCUGCAGCAAUGUUGCAAGACAAGUUGUACGUUUUUUGUUGCCCGUUUUUCCGUACCUUAAGUGUACCAUAGAACGUUGAAAACAAAUUUUAAUCCAAUGAGAGGGAACUUGUCUUUGCGUUUCCUAAAAUGGAGGUGAAUUACCCCCACCACCCACUCGUCCGUAAGUUCAUACAGAGUAAAGCUGUCACUUUUGUUUCGCAUGCAUAGGUAGGCAAAUCUUUUCAACGAGAACUAGGCAGUGAAGAAUUUUUCUCAGCGAGAACACAUGUCCUUCUUGUUUUUCACGACGCUUAUUUCUCCCCUUCUUUCCUCACUUUUGAACGCUUGCCAUGCCGGCGACAGAACUUUUUUUAGGCGAAAGUUGCCUUUGUUUUCUAACGUAUUGAAUAGCGAAUAAAGAGAAUUUAACACAAACCAAAUUAAAAGCGGCUUUAUUUUUUUUCCUAGGUCUAGGUUUGCCAUACCCAACCGAUGUCAUAGAAAAGAUCCGUCAGCUCUACAAAACACGUGAACGACGUCUUCUUCCCGUCCCUUGGUUAGACGAGUUUAGCUUUCAUUUGAAUGAUAUUUUUACCAGAUUAAAAAUCUUGGGCAAAGAAAAAACCCAAGGAGUACUUACUGACGAUAUAACCAAUAUGACUGCUAUCUUUAAGGCGCACAAAGAAUGCCAAAGGCCGCGAACAGUCUUGAUCGAAGGAGAUCCUGGUAUGGGAAAAACUACGUAUUGUCAAAAGCUGGCGUAUGAUUAG